UGUUAUAUUUUGUUUUACCGCCAAAAGUGGUGAGGAUCAGCACGAGUUAAUAAUUGUUUUCUAAUAUUCCAUCCCAUUAUGAGCUUCUCGCGUAGUGCCCUGCGCUAUGCGCAUACCAAUGGCUACACCGGACUACUGUACACUCCUCGUGGAGAGUUCAUCAUCACUUGCGGCACAGAUGGAGACAUCCGUCAUUGGACUUGCAUUAGUGACGACGAUCCGCGUUCCAGCUGCUUAGGGGAAUUUGUCAUGUGCAUCGCCCACACGGGCACGCGACUACUGGCAUCCACGGAUCGCAACACGGUGCAUGCCUACACCUUUCCGGAUAUGGACAGCGAUGGCAUUCUUAUGCGGUUUACAGCCCCUGCAACGUGCCUUAAGGUUUCCGGGGGUUACACGGCUGCCGGCAGCGAGGAUACCAACAUUAAGGUUCUUAAAGGAGAUACACCUGGCAAUGAAACGGUUCUGGAGGGACACAAAGGACCGAUAUUGUCUUUGGAUUUGUUCGUAGAGCGUAAAUUGCUAGUUUCCGUGGCCGGAGAUGGCGAGUUGAAAGUGUGGAACUUCGAGGAAGGAAAUGAGCUGAAAAGCAUCGGUGGACUGCCUAAAGUUAACACUUUUGAAACGGCCAGUCUUUAUGGCACACCUAACUUUGAGCCAAAGAGCGGCGAACUCCUGGCCUACGCCUUAGACAACGAGAUUGUGGUUCUCAAUACGGCCAACUGGGAAGUGGCCUUCAAACUACGGGACGAUUCAGUAUCGAGUAACUACAGUUGCUGCCAGUUCUCCCCCAAUGGUGAACGCCUGGCCGCUGGAACAACCAAGGGCGAGGUAAGCAUCUUUGAUGUAAAAAAGCGAAAGGCAAUUUCAGUGGAGAUGCCGCCCAACGAUUGCAAUGCAAUAACGUGCCUAGCUUGGAAUCAAUCUGGGGAAGAGGAGGUAGCCUUUUGUGAUGCCACUGGUCAGCUUGGAACUGUGUUCCUCAGCGAUGCAGUCGAAAAUGGCGGUGUUGACGGAUUGGAGGACGACCAGGCGGAACUUUUGGGCGAUGAUUAUCAGUUCGAAGGUGGCGAUGACAUGGAUAUCGCAGCAGACGACGGCGAUGGUGUUAGUCUGGAGCAGCUAAAACGCAAGGUGAUGAACUUGGUAGAUGCCGUCGACCACGAUGAAAACUCGAACCAAUCCGUGGCUAGCAGUAGCAGAACUGUUCCUGUUCCUGCUAUUCCGCAAAUAAAGCUCUUCAAGCAGCAGACAGCCUUCCAACCCAGUGCCACGCCCAGCGACCUGGAGCAUCGAUACAUGUCGUGGAAUGAUGUGGGCAUUGUCACUGCACAUGUAGAGCCCUCAGGCGAUGGCUCAAUCGAUGUGGAGUUCCAUGACGCAAGUAUUCACCAUGCCCUGCACAUUAGCAACUACAAUAACCACAAUUUGGCGAGUUUGAGUAGUGGAGCUUUGGCUUUGGCGUCCAAUGAGUCCAGUAAGCUGGUAGUGAUUGCUUUGGCCGCCGCCGGAAACAAGGAGUGGUCGCUUAGUUUGCCGGAUUGCGAAAGUGUGGACGCUCUAGUAGCCACCAGCCAUCUAGUGGCUGUGGCCACCAGUUCGAGUUUUCUACGCAUAUUUAGUGUAAUGGGCACACAGCGUGAGGUGCUGACCAUUCCCGGUCCCGUGGUGGCUCUAUCUGGCCACGAGCACAGCCUGAUGGUGGUAUACCACAGUUCUGCGCCCAGUCAAACGCAGCAAUAUCUCGCCGCAAUGUUAGUUAACAUCAAUGGACUAAGUUUGCGCAUGGAACAUCUGCCUGUACCGCUGACUCCGGGCCGGCAGCUCACCUGGCUGGGAUACAGCGAUACUGGAUCACCGAGCAUUGCCGACAACAUGGGUCUACUGCAGUUGUACCGCCGUAGCAGCAACGCUUGGUUCCCCAUCUGCGAUACCAUGAAGCAGAGCAGCAGUGUGUCGCACAAUUUCUUUGUGGUUGCUGUUUCGGAGCGUCGUCAAAUUGUCCAAGCCGUUCUGUGCCGUGGAACUUCCUAUCCGAUGACCAAUCCACGGCCUAUGCUUCAGGAAUUGCGCGUGCAGAUCCCACUAUGCGACAUCGAAGUUGAGAAAUCCGAACUGGAGGAUGCUUUGCUGCGCUCAAGCCUGAUGCAAGUUGAGGGAGCCGAAAAGAUGCAAAAAGAGACGGCCAUCAAAUUGUUUGCCUUGGCUUGCAGCAGCGAGUGCGAGACGCGGGCUAAGGAACUAAUCGAAUCAAUUGCUUGCACUGAUCUGCUCCAACUGGCUGUGAAAUAUGCCACAAAGCGCGGACGCAUACACCUGUCAGAUCGUCUAUGCGAGUUGCUGCCUCAAUUGGAAGCUGUGCAGGAGGCUCGUAAGCAACAGACUUUGUUGGGCGCCAGCGGCAUUGCUGCCACCAUUGUUUUACCUAUGACUCCCACAUCGGGCUCCCAGAGCGGACCCAAGCCCAAGGCCAUCGAGCUGAGCUCAGCCAAACGGGGCACCCUGAAAAGAUUAGCCAACUCGCCGAACAUUUUUAAAGCAGCAUCGGCAACAUCUCGUCCCUCGACUCCGGAUAUUACGCCCUCUCCGAGGGAUACCCAGGAGAAUAUAUUCGGCGAAUCCGAGCCCGAGGUUCCCAUGGGUAAAACCCCGGAACACAGAACUCCAUUGAAUUCGGUCAAUCCAUUUGCUAUGAAACGCAAGCUAAAUGAUACUGGAGUUAUUUUUGGGUCCGAAAAGCUUAAGCUGGCCAAGAAAUAGUUUAUUUGUUAAGAUAUAUUUACGAUUUAUAUUUAAGUAAAUAAUAGUCUGUAUUAUCUUAGGUUCACUCUUUAAGGAGAGAAAUUAUUCUUUUCUGUUUUAGAUUUUUAAUUAUUUUAUCUUAUAAGUCGAAAAGAAAUAAAUUAUUAGUUAUAUAUUUAAAAAUAGUUAAAGUGUUAUUUACACUUUAUUUGACAAUGGGAAAGCUGACACAAAUGUGUGAAUUAAAAAGAAAUUAUUUCUUA